CCGCCGCCGCCGCCGCCGCCAGCCGCCGCUCCGCCAGCUCGGGCCCCGCGCCGGCUAUGGCAGUGCCCCGGGGCUGAGCGCACAGGCUGUGUGACGGAGAUUCCCAAGGAAAAGAGACUGAGGGGAAGAGAGGAAGAAGGGGCGGGCUCCCGGUAAGGCAUUCGCUCCUGAACAGAGUCCUGCAAAGAUGGAGAAAGAGGAAGAGACAACCCGGGAGCUGCUGCUGCCCAACUGGCAGGGCAGCGGCUCCCACGGGCUGACCAUUGCCCAGAGUGAUGACGGAGUCUUUGUGCAGAAAGUGAACCCAAACUCCCCUGCGGCCCGCACUGGGGUGGUCAAGGAGGGGGACCAGAUUGUGGGGGCCACCAUCUACUUCAACAACCUGCAGUCCGGGGAGGUGACCCAGCUGCUGAACACCAUGGGGCACCACACCGUGGGCCUGAAGCUCCAUCGCAAGGGGGACCGCUCCCCCGAGCCUGGCCAUGCCUGGACCCAGGAAGUCUUCAGCUCGCGCAGCUCUGAGGUGGUUCUGAGCGGGGAUGAUGAGGAAUACCAGCGCAUCUACGCCACAAAGAUCAAGCCUCGGCUGAGGUCAGAGGAUGGAGUGGAAGGGGACCUGGGGGAGACGCAGAGCCGUACCAUUACAGUGACCCGAAGGGUCACGGCCUACACGGUUGAUGUGACCGGCCCGGAAGGAGCCAAAGAAAUUGACAUCAGCAGUCCUGAAUUCAUGAUCAAGAUUCCAAAGCAUGAAGUCACAGAAAUCUCUACCUUGGAUGUAGAGGCCCAGCCUGGAAAGACAGUGAUUAGACUGCCCUCGGGCACGGGGGCAGCCUCUCCAACCACAGGCGCUGUCUUUGACCUCAGGCCAGGAGCCAUUUCCGCCUCGGGACCAGAGCUUCAAGGUCCUGGCCACUCAAAACUCCAGGUCACCGUGCCUGGAAUAAAGGUGGGAAGUCCGGGCGUCGAUGUCAGUGCGAAGGGUGACAAAGGAGGGGUUCAAGUGCCAGGAGUGGACCUUUCGUCCUCCCUUGGGGGUGGGGCGGGAGCAGCGCAGGGCCCCGCCCUCCAGAGUGGUGACAGUGGGAAAAUUAACAUUCCUACCAUGAAGAUGCCAAAAUUUGGUGUCUCCACUGGAAUGGAGGGCCAGGCACCAGAAGUAGGGCUGAAUGUUUCUGCACCUGAAUUCUCCCUGGGGCCCCAGGGCAGCAAGCCAGGCCUGGCUGUCAGUGGGGAUAUCAAGGAGCCUCAUCUGGAAGUGAAGGCACCCUCUGUCAAUAUCAAGGGGCUUGAGGGGAAGCUGAAAGGCCCCCAACUCACUGGACCGUCCCUUGAGGGUGACUUAGGCCUGAAGGGUACUAAGGCACAGGGCAGCAUAGGAAUAGAUGCUUCCGCUCCCCAAAUUGAGGGUGGGCUUACUGGCCCCAGGGUGGACAUUCAAGCCCCGGAUGUUCAAGUCCACGGGCCCGAGGGCAAACUGAACAUGCCCAAGAUGAAAGUCCCUACAUUCUCUGUAGCAGGUUCCAAGGGAGCAGGAGCAGGGGUUGAGGUGACAUUGCCCACAGGAGAAGUGGCUCUUCCUGGGGUGUCUGGGGAUGUCAGCUUGCCUGAGAUCGCUGCUGGUGGGCUGGAAGGGAAGAUAAAGGGAGCUAAAGUCAAGACUCCUGAAAUGAUCAUUCAGAAACCCCAAAUCUCCAUGCAGGAUGUGGAUCUGAGCCUUAGGUCCCCUAAACUGAAAGGCGAUGUGAAGAUCCCGGUUCCUGAGGUGAAAGGUGACGUUAAAGGCCCUCAAGUGGCAGUUAAAGGCGCCAAAGUAGACAUAGAGACACCAAGCCUAGAGGGGACCGUAACAGGCCCCAAGCUUGGCAGUCUUUCUGGGAAGCCAGGCACAUGUCAGAUCUCUAUGGCAGAUGUAGACUUGAAUGUGGCUGCCCCGAAAGUGAAAGGGGGUGUGGAUGUCACACUUCCAAAAGUCGAAGGGAAAGUCAAAGUUCCUGAAGUGGGCAUCAAAGGCCCCCAAGUGGAUGUCAGUGCUCCAGAUGUAGACGUUCAUGGUCCUGAAUGGAACCUGAAAAUGCCCAAGAUGAAGGUGCCCAAGUUCAGUACUCCAGGGGUCAAAGGGGAAGGCACAGAUCUAGAUGUGACUUUACCCAAAGGAGAUGUCAGUGUUUCAGGGCCAAAGGUCAGUGUAGAAACCCCAGGUGUCAAUGUGGAAGGUCUAGGGGGCAAACUUAAAGGCCCUGAUAUUAAGCUGCCUGAAGUAAGUGCCAAGACACCAAAGAUCUCCAUGCCUGAUGUAGACCUGCGUGUGAAAGGUACGAAGGUAAAGGGGGAGUAUGAUGUAACAGUACCGAAGCUGGAGGGAGACCUGAAAGGACCCAAAGUGGACAUUGCAGCCCCAGAUGUGGAUGUUCAAGGUCCAGACUGGCAUCUGAAGAUGCCCAAGAUGAAAAUGCCCAAGUUCAGUGUGCCUGGGCUCAAAGCAGAGGGCCCGGAAGUAGAUGUGAACCUGCCCAAGGCAGAUGUGGACAUUUCUGGGCCCAAGGUAGAGGUGAGUGCUCCAGAGGUGAGCCUAGAAGGACCAGAAGGAAAACUGAAAAGCCCUAAGUUUAAAAUGCCUGAAAUGAACAUCAAAGCCUCAAAGAUCACCGUGCCAGAUGUGGACCUACACUUGAAAGGCCCUAGUGCCAAGGGGACGUACGAUGUCACAGUUCCAAGGCCUGAAGGUGACAUUAAAGUUCCUGAUGUGGAACUUAAAAGUGCCAAAAUUGACAUUGAGGCACCGGAUGUGGACAUGCAUGGCCCAGACUGGCACCCGAAGAUGCCCAAGGUGAAAAUGCCCAAGUUCAGCAUGCCUGGCUUCAAAGGGGAGGGCCCGGAAGUGGAUGUGAACCUGCCCAAGGCUGACCUUGAAGUCUCUGGACCCAAAGUGGACAUUGAAGGGCCUGCUUUGAAUAUUGAAGGGCCAGAUGGGAAAGUGAAGGGCCCCAAGAUCAAGAUGCCAGAGAUGAACAUCAAAGCUCCCAAGAUCUCCAUGCCUGAUGUGGAUUUGCAUAUGAAAAGCCCCAAGGUAAAGGGAGACUACGACAUCACCGUGCCAAAGCUGGAAGGAGACCUGAAAGGCCCCAAAGUAGAUGUCAGUGCUCCAGAUGUUGACGUCCAAGGUCCGGAUUGGAGCUUGAAAAUGCCAAAGAUUAAGAUGCCAAAGUUCAGCAUGCCUAGUCUCAAAGGAGAGGGCCCAGAAAUAGAUGUGAAUCUGCCCAAAGCUGAUAUGGACAUUUCUGCACCAAAGCUAGAUAUUAGUGCCCCAGAUCUCAGCCUGGAAGGACCGGAAGGGAAGCUGAAGGGCCCUAAGUUUAAGAUGCCUGAGAUGCAUUUCAAGGCUCCAAAGAUGCCAGAUGUCAAUCUGGAUCUCAAAGGACCAAAAGUGAAAGGAAAUCUAGAUAUGUCUGCACCAAAAAUAGAGGGAGAAAUAAAAGUUCCAGAUGUAGACAUCAAAGGUCCCAAGGUAGACAUCAAAGCACCAGAGGUGGAAGGCUCAGAGUGGAGCCUGAAAAUGCCCAAGAUGAAAAUGCCCAAGUUCAGUGUGCCCAGCCUAAAAGGUGAAGGUCCAGAUGUAGAUGUGACCCUUCCCAAGGCUGACAUUAAUGUCUCAGGACCCAAAGUGGACAUUGAAGCCCCAGAUGUAAGCCUGGAGGGCCCUGAAGGGAAGCUGAAGGGUCCUAAGUUCAAGAUGCCAGACAUGCAUUUCAAGGCCCCCAAGGUCACCAUGCCUGACAUGGACUUACAUCUGAAAGGUCCUAAAGUCAAGGGGGACAUGGAUGUGACUGUGCCCAAAGUAGAAGGUGAAAUGAAAGUGCCAGAUGUGGACAUCAAAGGCCCCAAAAUGGACAUCAGUGCCCCAGAUGUGGACGUUCAAGGUCCAGACUGGCACCUGAAGAUGCCCAAGAUGAAAAUGCCCAAGUUCAGCAUGCCCGGCUUCAAAGCAGAGGGCCCUGAAGUGGAUGUGAACCUGCCCAAGGCUGACCUUGAUGUGUCUGGACCCAAGGUGGACAUUGAUGUCCCAGAUGUCAAUAUUGAAGCUCCAGAUGUGAAAGUAAAGGGUCCCAAGUUCAAGAUGCCUGAGAUGAACAUCAAGGCCCCCAAGAUCUCCAUGCCUGAUGUAGACUUGAACCUGAAGGGGCCAAAGGUGAAAGGUGAUGUGGAUGUUUCCCUGCCUAAGGUAGAAGGUGAGAUUAAAGUUCCUGAAGUUGACAUCAAAGGCCCCAAAGUGGGCAUGGAAGCCCCUGAUGUGGAUGUUCAAGGCCCAGACUGGCAUCUGAAGAUGCCCAAGAUCAAAAUGCCCAAGUUCAGCAUGCCUGGCUUCAAAGGAGAGGGUCCAGAAGUGGAUGUGAACCUGCCCAAGGCUGACCUUGAUGUCUCAGGACCCAAGGUGGACAUUGAUGUUCCCGAUGUGAAUAUUGAAGGGCCAGAUGCAAAAGUAAAAGGUCCCAAAUUUAAGAUGCCAGAAAUGCAUAUAAAGCCUCAGAAGAUAUCCAUGCCAGAUGUUGGCUUACAUUUGAAAGGCCCUAAAGUGAAAGGAGAUUAUGAAGCAACAAUUCCAAAAGUUGAAGGAGAGAUAAAAGCACCUGCUGUAGACAUCAAAGGCCCCAAAGUGGACAUUAAUGCACCAGAUGUGGAAGUCCAAGGUCCAGACUGGCACCUGAAGAUGCCCAAGGUGAAGAUGCCCAAGUUCAGCAUGCCUGGCUUCAAAGGGGAGGGUCCAGAAGUGGAUGUGAACCUGCCCAAGGCUGACCUUGAUGUGUCAGGACCCAAGGUGGACAUUGAAGGGCCUGAUGUUGACAUUCAUGGUCCAGAAGGGAAACUGAAAGGCCCCAAGUUUAAGAUGCCAAGCAUGAACAUACAGACCCACAAAAUCUCCAUGCCUGAUGUUGGGCUGAAUCUGAAAGGUCCUAAACUGAAAGGUGAUGUUGAUGUGUCCCUUCCCAAAGUGGAGGGGAACUUGAAAGGUCCCGAAAUUGAUGUGAAAGCUCCUAAAAUGGAUGUGGAUGUUGGGGAUAUUGACAUUGAAUGUCCAGAAGGAAAGUUGAAAGGUCCCAAGUUCAAGAUGCCAGACAUGCACUUCAAGGCCCCCAAGAUCUCCAUGCCUGAUGUGGACUUACACUUAAAAGGCCCCAAAGUCAAGGGGGACAUGGACGUGACUGUGCCCAAAGUAGAAGGUGAAAUGAAAGUGCCAGAUGUGGAUAUCAAGGGGCCUAAAAUGGACAUCAGUGCCCCAGAUGUGGACGUUCAAGGUCCAGACUGGCACCUGAAGAUGCCCAAGAUGAAAAUGCCCAAGUUCAGCAUGCCUGGCUUCAAAGCAGAGGGCCCUGAAGUGGAUGUGAACCUGCCCAAGGCUGACCUUGAUGUGUCUGGACCCAAGGUGGACAUUGAUGCUCCUGAUUUGGAAAUUGAGGGACCAGAAGGAAAACUGAAAGGUCCCAAGUUCAAGAUGCCCAAGUUGAACAUCAAAGCUCCUAAAAUAUCUAUGCCCGAUGUGGACUUGAAUUUGAAGGGACCUAAACUGAAAGGAGAGAUAGAUGCUUCUGUGCCAGAAAUGGAAGGUGAGCUCAGAGGCCCACAUCUUGAUAUUAAAGGGCCUGGUGUGGACGUGGACAUGCCUGAUGUUGAUCUAGAAUGUCCUGAUGCAAAGUUGAAGGGCCCCAAGUUUAAGAUGCCUGACAUGCACUUCAAGACCCCCAAGCUCUCCAUGCCUGAUGUGGACUUACAUCUGAAAGGCCCCAAAGUCAAAGGUGAUGUGGAUGUGUCUGUACCAAAAUUAGAAGGAGAUUUGAAAGGUCCUAGCGUGGAUGUGGAAGUACCGGAUGUUGAUCUAGAAUGUCCUGAUGCAAAGUUGAAGGGCCCUAAGUUUAAGAUGCCUGACAUGCACUUCAAGGCCCCCAAGAUCUCCAUGCCUGACGUGGACUUACACCUGAAAGGCCCCAAAGUCAAGGGGGACAUGGAUGUGACUGUGCCCAAAGUAGAAGGUGAAAUGAAAGUGCCAGAUGUGGACAUCAAAGGGCCUAAAAUGGACAUCAGUGCCCCAGAUGUGGACGUUCAAGGUCCAGACUGGCACCUGAAGAUGCCCAAGAUGAAAAUGCCCAAGUUCAGCAUGCCUGGCUUCAAAGCAGAGGGCCCUGAAGUGGAUGUGAACCUGCCCAAGGCUGACCUUGAUGUCUCAGGACCCAAGGUGGACAUUGAAGUACCGGAUGUUGAUCUAGAAUGUCCUGAUGCAAAGUUGAAGGGCCCCAAGUUUAAGAUGCCUGACAUGCAUUUCAAGGCCCCCAAGAUCUCCAUGCCUGAUGUGGACUUACACUUAAAAGGCCCCAAAGUCAAGGGGGACAUGGAUGUGACUGUGCCCAAAGUAGAAGGUGAAAUGAAAGUGCCAGAUGUGGACAUCAAGGGGCCGAAAGUGGACAUCAGUGCCCCAGAUGUGGACGUUCAAGGUCCAGACUGGCAUCUAAAGAUGCCCAAGAUGAAAAUGCCCAAGUUCAGCAUGCCUGGCUUCAAAGCAGAGGGCCCUGAAGUGGAUGUGAACCUGCCCAAGGCUGACCUUGAUGUCUCAGCACCCAAGGUGGACAUUGAAUGUCCGGAUGUGAACAUUGAAGGGCCAGAGGGGAAGCUGAGGGGCCCCAAGUUUAAGAUGCCUGAGAUGCAUUUCAAGACCCCCAAGAUCUCCAUGCCUGAUGUUGAUUUCAACUUAAAGGGUCCUAAAAUCAAAGGGGACAUUGAUGCUUCUGCCCCAAAACUUGAGGGAGAUUUCAGAGGUCCUGAACUAGAUGUCAAGGGCCCCAAAUUGGAUGUUGACAUGCCAGAAGUAGCCAUGGAAGGUCCAGAUGGCAAAUGGAAAAGUCCUAAGUUCAAGAUGCCAGAUAUGCACUUUAAAACUCCCAAAAUAUCCAUGCCAGACAUUGAUCUACAUCUGAAAGGUCCAAAGACAAAAGGAGAGGUAGGCAUAGAUGUUCCUAAAUUAGAAGGAGACCUCAAAGCGCCACAUGUGGACGUCAGUGGCCCAGACAUUGACAUCGAAGGACCAGAGGGCAAACUGAAAGGCCCUAAGUUCAAGAUGCCUGACAUACAUUUCAAAGCUCCUAGUAUUUCUAUGCCUGAUGUUGAUCUGAAUCUAAAAGGGCCUAAAAUCAAGGGGGAUGUUGAUGUGACCGUGCCAGAGGUAGAAGGUAAAAUUAAAGUACCAGAUGUGGACAUCAAGGGCCCCAAAGUAGAUAUAAAUGCUCCUGAGGUUCAAGGCCCAGACUGGCACCUGAAGAUGCCCAAGAUGAAAAUGCCCAAGUUCAGCAUGCCUGGCUUCAGAGCAGAGGGUCCAGAAGUGGAUGUGAACCUGCCCAAGGCUGACCUUGAUGUGUCAGGACCCAAGGUGGACAUUGAUGUUCCAGAUGUGAAUAUUGAAGGGCCAGAUGCGAAAAUGAAGGGUCCCAAGUUCAAGAUGCCUGAGAUGAACAUCAAGGCUCCGAAGCUCUCCAUGCCUGACUUUGAUUUGCACCUGAAAGGUCCCAAAGUAAAGGGUGAUGUGGAUGUUUCCAUGCCCAAACUAGAAGGUGAUCUCAAAGGUCCUGAAGUUGAUAUCAAAGGUCCUAAAGUGGACAUUGAUGCUCCAGAUGUGGACGUGCAAGGUCCAGACUGGCACCUGAAGAUGCCCAAGAUGAAAAUGCCCAAGUUCAGCAUGCCUGGUUUCAAAGCAGAGGGCCCAGAAGUAGAUGUGAACCUGCCCAAGGCUGAUCUUGAUGUCUCAGGACCCAAGGUGGACAUUGAAGGACCUGAGGUUAACAUCGAAGGACCAGAAGGAAAACUGAAAGGACCUAAGUUCAAGAUGCCUGAGAUGAACAUUAAAGCCCCCAAGAUCUCCAUGCCCAACAUUGACUUAAAUCUGAAGGGUCCCAAAGUGAAGGGUGAUGUGGAUGUUUCCAUGCCCAAAGUAGAAGGUGAGAUUAAAGUUCCUGAAGUUGACAUCAAAGGCCCCAAAGUGGAUGUGGAUGCCCCUGAUGUGGAUGUUCAAGGCCCAGACUGGCACCUGAAGAUGCCCAAGAUCAAAAUGCCCAAGUUCAGCAUGCCUGGCUUCAAAGGAGAGGGUCCAGAAGUGGAUGUGAACCUGCCCAAAGCUGACCUUGAUGUGUCUGGGCCCAAGGUGGACAUCGAGGGCCCUGAAGUUAACAUUGAAGGGCCAGAAGGAAAACUCAAAGGUCCCAAGUUCAAGAUGCCUGAGAUGAACAUCAAAGCCCCGAAGCUCUCCAUGCCUGACUUUGAUUUGCACCUGAAAGGUCCCAAAGUGAAGGGUGAUGUGGACAUGUCUCUGCCCAAAGUGGAAGGUGACCUGAAGGGCCCUGAAGUGGACCUAACGGGACCCAAGGUGGACAUUGAUGUCCCUGACGUGGAUGUUCAUGGUCCAGACUGGCACCUGAAGAUGCCCAAAGUGAAAAUGCCCAAGUUCAGCAUGCCUGGCUUCAAAGCAGAGGGCCCGGAAGUAGAUGUGAACCUGCCCAAGGCUGACCUUGAUGUCUCAGGACCCAAGGUGGACAUUGAAGGGCCUGAUGUUGACAUUCAUGGUCCAGAAGGGAAACUGAAAGGCCCCAAGUUUAAAAUGCCUGAGAUGAACAUCAAGGCUCCCAAAAUCUCCAUGCCUGACAUUGACCUUAAUUUGAAGGGGCCAAAGGUGAAGGGUGAUUAUGAUGUUUCACUGCCUAAGGUAGAAGGUGAGAUUAAAGUUCCUGAAGUUGACAUCAAAGGCCCCAAAGUGGACGUGGAGGCCCCUGAUGUGGAUGUUCAAGGCCCAGACUGGCACCUGAAGAUGCCCAAGAUCAAAAUGCCCAAGUUCAGCAUGCCUGGCUUCAAAGGAGAGGGUCCAGAAGUGGAUGUGAACCUGCCCAAGGCUGAUCUUGAUGUCUCAGGACCCAAGGUGGACAUUGAUGUUCCGGAUGUGAAUGUUGAAGGGCCAGAUGUGAAAGUGAAGGGUCCCAAGUUCAAGAUGCCUGAGAUGAACAUCAAGGCUCCUAAGAUCUCCAUGCCAGAUUUGGAUCUUAAUCUGAAGGGUCCUAAAGUGAAAGGAGAUGUGGAUGUUUCUCUUCCAAGUAUAGAGGGUGAUUUGAAGGGACCUAAUCUUGACAUAAAAGGCCCAAAGUUAGAUUUAGAAGCGCCAGAUAUUGACCUUCAGGGCCCUGAGGGAAAAUUAAAGGGCCCCAAACUGAAGAUGCCUGAUAUGCAUGUGAAUAUGCCCAAGAUCUCCAUGCCAGAAAUUGACUUGAAUUUGAAAGGCUCAAAGCUGAAGGGAGAUGUGGAUAUCUCUGGACCCAAAUUGGAGGGUGACAUAAAAACUCCCAAAUUGGAUGUAAAGGGCCCUGAAGUGGACAUUUCUGCUCCCAAGAUUAAUAUUGAAGGCAAGUCAAAGAAAUCUCGCUUCAAGCUUCCCAAAUUCAACUUCUCAGGCUCCAAAGUUCAGACACCCGACGUGGAUGUCAAAGUUAAAAAGCCAGAUAUUGAUGUAACGGGUCCAAAAGUUGAUAUUAAUGCUCCUGAAGUUGAGCUCCAAGGAAAAGCAAAAGGAGGAUCCAAGUUUAAAAUGCCUUUCCUGACUAUUUCCUCCCCCAAAGUUUCAAUGCCUGAUGUGGAACUCAAUUUGAAAGGGCCCAAAGUCAAAGGAGACAUAGAUGUUACAGUUCCUAGUGUAGAAGGUGACUUUAAAGGCCCCAAAGUGGACAUCGGGGCUCCAGAAGUGCAUGUUAAUGCCCCAGAUGUGGAUGUUCAUGGUCCAGAUUGCAACGUGAAAAUGCCCAAGAUGAAAAUGCCUAAGUUCAGUGUGCCUGGAGUAAAAGCGGAAGGGCCUGAGGUGGCUGUGGAUCUGCCUAAAGGAGACCUCAGCAUAGAAGGUCCCAGAAUGAAUAUUGAGGCUCCAGUACUCAAUGUGGAAGGUCCAGAGGGAAGCAUAAAAGGUCCCAAGUUCAAGAUGCCUGAGAUGAACAUCAAAGCCCCCAAGAUCUCCAUGCCUGACAUUGACUUAAAUCUGAAGGGUCCCAAACUGAAAGGUGAUGUGGACGUGUCUCUGCCCAAAGUGGAAGGUGACCUCAAGGGCUCUGAAGUGGACAUCAAAGGCCCUAAAGUGGACAUUGAUGCUCCUGAUGUGGAUGUUCAUGGUCCAGACUGGCACCUGAAGAUGCCCAAAGUGAAAAUGCCCAAGUUCAGCAUGCCUGGCUUCAAAGCAGAGGGCCCGGAAGUGGAUGUGAACCUGCCCAAGGCUGACCUUGAUGUGUCAGGACCCAAGGUGGACAUUGAUGUUCCAGAUGUGAAUAUUGAAGGGCCAGAUGCGAAAGUGAAGGGCCCCAAGUUCAAGAUGCCUGAGAUGAACAUCAAGGCCCCCAAGAUCUCCAUGCCUGACUUUGAUCUAAACUUGAAGGGCCCCAAAGUAAAGGGUGAUGUGGAUGUUUCUUUGCCAAAAGUAGAAGGUGAUUUCAAGGCCCCUGAAGUGGACAUCAAGGGCCCCAAAGUGGACAUUGACACUCCAGAUAUUAACAUUGAAGGUCCAGAAGGUAAAUUGAAGGGACCCAAAUUUAAGAUGCCAGAGAUGCACCUCAAGGCUCCCAAAAUUUCAAUGCCUGACAUUGAUUUAAACCUAAAGGGGCCAAAGAUAGGUGGUGAUGUAGAUGUUUCCCUUCCCAAGAUCGAAGGGGAUUUAAAAGGCCCAGAUGUUGAUAUCAAAGGUCCAAAAAUGGAUAUCAAUGCUCCAGAUGUGGAUGUUCAAGGUCCAGACUGGCACCUGAAGAUGCCCAAGAUGAAAAUGCCCAAGUUCAGCAUGCCUGGCUUCAAAGCAGAGGGCCCGGAAGUAGAUGUGAACCUGCCCAAGGCUGACCUUGAUGUCUCAGGACCCAAGGUGGACAUUGAAGGACCUGAGGUUAACAUCGAAGGACCAGAAGGAAAACUGAAAGGACCUAAAUUCAAGAUGCCUGAGAUGAACAUCAAAGCCCCCAAGAUCUCCAUGCCCAACAUUGACUUAAAUCUGAAGGGUCCCAAAGUGAAGGGUGAUGUGGAUGUUUCCAUGCCCAAAGUAGAAGGUGAGAUUAAAGUUCCUGAAGUUGACAUCAAAGGCCCCAAAGUGGAUGUGGAUGCCCCUGAUGUGGAUGUUCAAGGCCCAGAUUGGCACCUGAAGAUGCCCAAGAUCAAAAUGCCCAAGUUCAGCAUGCCUGGCUUCAAAGGAGAGGGUCCAGAAGUGGAUGUGAACCUGCCCAAAGCUGACCUUGAUGUGUCUGGGCCCAAGGUGGACAUCGAGGGCCCUGAAGUUAACAUUGAAGGGCCAGAAGGAAAACUCAAAGGUCCCAAGUUCAAGAUGCCUGAGAUGAACAUCAAAGCCCCGAAGCUCUCCAUGCCUGACUUUGAUUUGCACCUGAAAGGUCCCAAAGUGAAGGGUGAUGUGGACAUGUCUCUGCCCAAAGUGGAAGGUGACCUGAAGGGCCCUGAAGUGGACCUAACGGGACCCAAGGUGGACAUUGAUGUCCCUGACGUGGAUGUUCAUGGUCCAGACUGGCACCUGAAGAUGCCCAAAGUGAAAAUGCCCAAGUUCAGCAUGCCUGGCUUCAAAGCAGAGGGCCCGGAAGUGGAUGUGAACCUGCCCAAGGCUGACCUUGAUGUCUCAGGACCCAAGGUGGACAUUGAAGGGCCUGAUGUUGACAUUCAUGGUCCAGAAGGGAAACUGAAAGGCCCCAAGUUUAAAAUGCCUGAUCUGCAUCUCAAGGCCCCCAAGAUCUCCAUGCCUGAAGUUGAUCUUAAUUUGAAGGGGCCAAAGGUGAAGGGUGAUUAUGAUGUUUCACUGCCUAAGGUAGAAGGUGAGAUUAAAGUUCCUGAAGUUGACAUCAAAGGCCCCAAAGUGGACGUGGAGGCCCCUGAUGUGGAUGUUCAAGGCCCAGACUGGCACCUGAAGAUGCCCAAGAUCAAAAUGCCCAAGUUCAGCAUGCCUGGCUUCAAAGGAGAGGGUCCAGAAGUGGAUGUGAACCUGCCCAAGGCUGAUCUUGAUGUCUCAGGACCCAAGGUGGACAUUGAUGUUCCGGAUGUGAAUGUUGAAGGGCCAGAUGUGAAAGUGAAGGGCCCCAAGUUCAAGAUGCCUGAGAUGAACAUCAAGGCUCCCAAGAUCUCCAUGCCUGACCUUGAUUUGCAUCUUAAGGGUCCAAAAGUGAAGGGGGAUGUGGACGUGUCUCUGCCCAAAGUAGAAGGUGACCUCAAGGGCCCUGAAGUUGAUAUCAAAGGCCCUAAAGUAGACAUUGAUGCUCCUGAUGUGGAUGUUCAUGGCCCAGACUGGCACCUGAAGAUGCCCAAAGUGAAAAUGCCCAAGUUCAGCAUGCCUGGCUUCAAAGCAGAGGGCCCGGAAGUGGAUGUGAACCUGCCCAAGGCUGACCUUGAUGUGUCAGGACCCAAGGUGGACAUUGAUGUUCCGGAUGUGAAUGUUGAAGCUCCAGAUGUGAAAGUGAAGGGCCCCAAGUUCAAGAUGCCUGAGAUGAACAUCAAGGCUCCCAAGAUCUCCAUGCCUGACUUUGACUUGCAUCUGAAGGGCCCCAAAGUAAAGGGGGAUGUAGAUGUUUCUCUGCCCAAGAUGGAAGGCGACAUAAAGUGCCCUGACAUUGAUAUGAAGGGCCCCAGCAUGGACAUUGACACCCCUGAUGUCAACAUUGAAGGUCCAGAGGGAAAAUUAAAGGGGCCUAAAUUUAAAAUGCCAGACAUGCAUAUCAAAGCUCCUAAGAUCUCCAUGCCUGACUUUGACUUACAUCUUAAAGGGCCAAAAGUAAAGGGAGACGUGGACCUUUCCUUACCUAAAGUAGAAGGUGAGGUACACGGCCCUGAUGUGCACAUCGAAGGUCCUGAAGGGAAACUCAAAGGUCCCAAAUUUAAAAUGCCUGAUGUUCAUUUCAAAACCCCGCAAAUCUCCAUGAGUGACAUUGAUUUGAACUUGAAAGGACCUAAGGUCAAGGGAGACAUGGACAUUUCUAUUCCCAAACUGGAAGGAGAUCUGAAAGGCCCCCAAAUGGAUGUGUCAGGACCCAAGGUGGAUCUAGAAAUGCCUGAUGUGGAUAUUCAUGGGCCAGAAGGCAAACUGAAGGGACCCAAGUUUAAAAUGCCUGACCUGCAUCUCAAAGCACCCAAGAUCUCAAUGCCUGAAGUUGACCUAAAUCUGAAGGGGCCAAAGGUAAAGGGGGAUGUAGAUGUGUCUCUGCCCAAAAUAGAAGGUGACCUCAAAGGUCCUGAAGUUGACAUCAAAGGCCCUAAAGUGGACAUCAGUGCCCCUGAUAUGGACGUUCAUGGUCCAGACUGGCACCUGAAGAUGCCUAAAGUGAAAAUGCCCAAGUUCAGCAUGCCUGGCUUCAAAGGAGAAGGGCCUGAAGUGGAUGUGAACCUGCCCAAGGCUGACCUUGAUGUCUCAGGACCCAAGGUGGACAUUGAUGUUCCGGAUGUGAAUGUUGAAGGGCCAGAUGUGAAAGUGAAAGGCCCCAAGUUCAAGAUGCCUGAGGUGAACAUCAAGGCCCCCAAGAUCUCCAUGCCUGACCUUGAUUUAAACCUGAAAGGUCCCAAAGUGAAGGGAGAUGUGGACGUGUCUCUGCCCAAAGUGGAAGGUGACCUCAAGGGCCCUGAAGUGGACAUCAAAGGCCCUAAAGUGGACAUUGAUGCUCCUGAUGUGGAUGUGCAUGGUCCAGACUGGCACCUGAAGAUGCCCAAAGUGAAAAUGCCCAAGUUCAGCAUGCCUGGCUUCAAAGCAGAGGGCCCGGAAGUGGAUGUGAACCUGCCCAAGGCUGACCUUGAUGUGUCAGGACCCAAGGUGGACAUUGAUGUUCCAGAUGUGAAUAUUGAAGGGCCAGAUGCGAAAGUGAAGGGCCCCAAGUUCAAGAUGCCUGAGAUAAACAUCAAGGCCCCCAAGAUCUCCAUGCCUGAUGUUGACCUGGACUUAAAGGGCCCCAAAGUAAAAGGAGAUUUCGAUGUGACCGUUCCUAAGAUGGAAGGUUCCUUCAAAGGGCCCGAUGUAGAUCUUAAAGGUCCAAGUCUGGAUUUCAAAGGCCCUGAUGCCAAACUCAGUGGCCCUCAUUUGAAGAUGCCAUCCCUGGAUAUAUCUGCCCCUAAAGUAACUGUCCCUGAGGUUGAUUUGCAUCUGAAGACACCCCACAUUGGAUUUUCUGGUCCCAAGUUAGAAGGCGGUGACCUUGACCUGAAGGGACCGAAAGUUGAUUUAGAAACUCCAGGCUUAGACGUACACAUGGAAGGCCCAGAAAUGAAUAUCGAGGGGCCAGAUGUGAAAAUCCCUAAAUUCAAGAAACCAAAGUUUGGCUUUGGUGCAAAAAGCCCGAAGGCUGACAUCAAAUCACCAGCACUGGAGGUGACUUGUCCUGAAGCAGAGCUCAACGUGGAGACGCCUGACAUAAGCAUCGCCGGGAAGGGUAAGAAAAGUAAGUUCAAGAUGCCUAAAAUUCACAUGAGCGGACCCAAAGUGAAAGCCAAAAAGCAAGGAUUUGAUUUGAAUGUUCCCGGGGGCGAGAUUGACGCCAGUCUCAAGGCUCCUGAGAUGGAGGCCAGCGUCACAGGACCUGAUGCUGCGUUCAAGGCCGACAUGAAGUCUCCCAAAACCAAGAAAACCAUGUUUGGAAAAAUGUACUUCCCGGAUGUGGAGUUUGACAUUAAGUCACCUAAAUUAAAAGCUGAGGCCCCCCUCCCGAGCCCCAAGAUGGAGGGUGAAAUCCAGGUCCCUGAUGUAGACAUUUCUUCCCCGGGGAUUCAUGUAGAAGGUCCUGACAUCAAAGUGAAGUCUCCAAAGUUCAAGAUGCCAGGUGUGGACAUCUCUGGGCCAAAACUAGAGGGAGACUUGAAAGGCCCCGCCGUCCAGGCGAAUUUCGGCACACCUGACAUCAACAUGGAAGGUGUCGAUGCCAAGGUCAAAGGAACAUCUUUUGGCAUUUCUGCUCCUCAAGUCUCUUUACCUGAUGUGAACCUGAACUUGAAAGGACCAAAGUUAAAGGGUGAUGUCCCCAGCGUGGGCCUCGAGGGACCAGACCUAGAUCUGCAAGGUCCCGAUGCCAAAAUCAAGUUCCCCAAGUUCUCAAUGCCCAAGAUCAGUGUCCCUGGUGUGAAACUAGAAGGUGGAAGAACUGAGGUCCAUACCCACGGUCCCUCUCUUGAGGGAAGCUUGAGCACUCCAGAUGUGAAGCUUGGAGGGCCUGAUGUCUCUCUAAAGGGGCCAGGAGUUGACCUGCCUUCAGUGAACCUUUCUAUGCCCAAAGUCUCUGGGCCUGACCUUGACCUGAACUUGAAAGGACCAAGUCUGAAAGGAGACCUGGCUGCAUCCAUUCCCAGCGUGAAGAUGCACGGCCCCGGGCUUGACAUCAGCGGUAUCGGUGGAAAGGUACACAUGGGAGGAGAUGGUGUUGGCGCACCAGACUUGACGCUGAAGGGACCAAGCCUCCAGGGAGAUCUGGCUGUGUCUGGUGACAUCAAGUGCCCUAAAGUAUCCGUAGGAGCUCCCAAUCUAAGCUUGGAGGCUUCUGAAGGUGGGCUUAAAUUUCCCCAAAUGAGACUGCCCCACUUGGACAUCACUACUCCAGGAUCCGAUGUGGACGUUCAUCUCAAGGGGCCACAAGUUUCUGGAGACCUCUCCGGGCCAGGCAUGGGUGUGAACCUGAAAGGGCCCCAGAUCUCGGCACCGGGUAUGGACUUGAACUUGGAAGGACCAAAAGUAAAAGGAAAUCUUGGUGUCUCUGGUGAUGUGGAAGGCCUCACUGUCAGAGGGGCUCUUCCAGGUGUCAGCGUUCAAGGCCUCGAAGGAAAACUCCAGAUGCCGGGAAUAAAGUCCUCUGGCUGUGAUGUGAGCCUGCCAGCUGUGAAUGUGCAGCUCCCAACCGGGCAGAUCUCCGGUCCUGAAAUCAAAGGCGAUCUGAAGGGUUCAGGACCUGACAUCCACUUAAAGGGGCCUUGCGUUGCUAUGACAUCUCCAGAGUCGGAUUUUGGUGUCAGCUUGAAGGGCCCGAAAGUCAAAGGUGGCGUAGAUGUCUCAGGGGCCGUCAGCGCUCCAGAUACCAGCCUGGGUAAAGGACAUAUAGGUAUCAAGGGCUCUGAGGGUGAGUGGAAGGGACCCCAAGUCUCUUCUGCUCUCAACUUGGACGCGUCCAAGUUUGCCGGGGGCCUUCAUUUCUCAGGACCAAAGGUAGAAGGAGGUGUGGAAGGAGGCGAGAUGGGACUCCAGGGUCCUGGGCUGAGUGUUUCUGGGCCUCAAGGUCACUUGGAAAGUGGAUCUGGAAAAGUUACAUUCCCCAAGAUGAAGAUCCCCAAAUUUACCUUCUCUGGCCGGGAGCUGGUUGGCAGAGAAGUCGGGGUAGAUGUCCACUUCCCUAAAGUGGAAGCCAACGUGCAGGCUGGCGCUGGCGAAGGUGACUGGGAAGAGUCUGAAGUGAAACUGAAGAAAUCGAAGAUCAAAAUGCCCAAGUUCAAUUUUUCCAAGCCUAAAGGGAAAGGGGGUGUCACUGGCUCCCCAGAAGCAUCCAUUUCCGGGUCUAAAGGUGACCUGAAAAGCUCCAAAGCCAGCCUCGGUUCUCUGGAAGGAGAGGCACAAGCAGACACAUCUUCACCCAAAGGCAAAUUCUCCCUGUUUAAAAGUAAGAAACCCAGGCACCGCUCCAAUUCAUUCAGCGACGAGAGGGAGUUCUCGGCGCCCUCCACCCCUACCGGAACUUUGGAAUUUGAAGGUGGAGAAAUGUCCCUGGAAGCUGGGAAAGUCAAAGGCAAGCAUGGCAAGCUGAAAUUUGGUACCUUUGGUGGAUUGGGGUCAAAGAGCAAAGGUCACUAUGAGGUGACGGGGAGUGAUGAGGAGACAGGCAAGUUGCAGGGGAGUGGCGUGUCCUUGGCCUCUAAGUCCCGACUGUCCUCUACUUCUAGCAAUGACAGUGGGACGAAGGUUGGCAUCCAGCUGCCAGAGAUAGAACUGGCAGUUUCUACCAAGAAAGAGUAGUGGGUCUUUGUAUGUGUGUACAUAUAUAUAUGUAUAUAUAAAAAAAAGAAUAUGGCAGCCUUGGGUGUGUUUGUAUAUAAACUCCAAAGAGAAGCACCUCUCCAGCCUCAGCAAUAAUGCAAAGAUCCGGGCUUCUGCCCCUGUGGCAAGUGCUACAUACAAAUAAACAAAAAACCCCAAACCAAAACAAACAACAAAAACCAACUGCCUCUAGGCUCCUGGAAUCCUGCAAGUAGCUGGAGUUUCAGUUGGACCCAGCCGCAAUGCAGAGUCAGUAGUAUUUGCCUUAAAGAUUUCAGGGUUCUUUUGACUUUUUGGUUUUGGUUUUUGGUUUUUGCUUGGACUGCUGAGAGAGCUCUUGUUUACUAAGCAAGCUUUUAUUUUUGUGUGUGUUUAUUAUCAUUUUUACUGAACAUUGUUAGUGUUGGGGGGUAACUGAAACCCACUUUUUCAUUGUAAUGACUUUUUUGGGGGGGCUUUUCUUAAUAAGAGGGUGGGAUAAAAGGCAGUGGAUGGGGUCAGAUCUUAAUUGCUCCUGAGAUUUGAUCUAUUCAAAUAGUAACAUCUAGAGAUGGUCCAAAGAAGUGGCAGCCAGAGUGUGGGUAUUUCUCUCAAACUCUUUAGCAUAGAUUCCCUCCUCCCCCCUCCAGGGGUGGUGGUCUCAGCCAGUUUGGUGCUCAGGAUGACAGGAAAUUAGCACGUUUGCAGAUUAUCCCACGGGGCUUCCAUGCUGUGUUUUGUAAGAGAAAUGUUUGAAUUAUGACUUGCCAUGUUCUUGA